GGGACUCCAUUGAAUUCCAUAGUCUCCCCUAUUCUUCAAAAUAUCUUCUUUUGUGUUCAGCAGUUCAUUCAGGUUUGGAACAACUUGAAGGCAUGUAAAUGAUGAUUUAAAAAAAAAAAAAAAAAAAAAUUGGGUGAACUAUCCCACUGGGAAAAAAUAUCUUAGUUCUGAAAAUGAAUGUGUAAACAUGGCUUGGCCUACCUUCUGAUAUAGAAUUGAAGUGGUCAAGAUUAGCUGUGAUAAGGCCGAUUUGAUGUAAAUGAAUUUAGAGAUAGUGGCACAGAAAUGUAGUGAGUAAAAAGAGAACUUAGUGGAAGGGAGCAGAGGGAGAUAAGAUGGAAACAGUGAUGAAUAGACAGAUAGAGAGCGAAGAGCAUUAUUAAAAAGAAAAAAGAAAAUGAGAGAGAAAGAUAGAAAGAGAGAGAGAUAGCACUCACUCUGGAGGAGUGGUCUUCCCUCUUCUCAAAAGGAUUUAGAGCUGAACACACCAUCAGACGCGAGACACACACACACACACCUGCUGUGGAUAUGGCGUUCACUGUUGUGCUGGAUGGACCCGCACCGUGGGGCUUUCGACUUAUUGGAGGACGGGACUUCAGCCAACCCCUCACCGUCGCCAAAAUAUCACCAGGAAGUAAAGCUUCCAGAGUCAACCUCUCUCCUGGAGACAUCAUCUUAGCGAUAGAUGGAGUUUCUGCAUUAAACAUGAUGCACUCUGAUGCUCAGAAUCUAAUCAAGGAUGCCACCUUUCAGCUCACACUUACUGUUGAGAGACCAGAGACUAAGCUGUGGUCACCAAAUAUCACUGAAGACAACAUAACCAAUCCAUUUAAAAUGAACCUAGAGGCAGAGAGACAAGAGUACAGACCAAUAGGAACAGGCCAUAAUCGAAGGGCUUCACCCUUUGUGGCUGCAGCCAACAUCGAUGAAACGCGUCAGGUGGUGAGUCCAACCUACAACUCCCCUAUUGGCCUUUACUCUUCAGGCAAUAUCCAGGAUGCCUUGCAAGGACAACUCAAGGGACUCAUCCAUAACAAACCAGAAAGUCCCAGGAAGCUUAGCAAUAUAGAGGAUUCAGAUGUCUAUCGGAUGCUGCAGAGAAAUCAAGAUGAGGACGAACCCCACGAACCACGACAGUCUGGAUCCUUUAAAGCCUUACAAAGCUUUAUCAACAGUGAGGGUACACGUCCAUUAGUGACAAGGAAAGUUCGUGCCCCCAUGACCAAGCCAUCUCCUGCGGGGAACUUGCACAAGUUACCAAUGUGUGAUAAGUGUGGUAACGGCAUAGUUGGGACGGUUGUGAAGGUUCAGGAUAAGUUUCGUCACCCUGACUGUUUUGUGUGCACAGAAUGUGAGGAAAACCUAAAGCAGAAAGGAUACUACUUCAUAGAUGAUGAGCUGUACUGUGAAACCCAUGCUCAUGCCCGGGCCAAACCUCCUGAGAGUCCAGACCUCUGAUUACAUGAGGGCACUACCUACAAGUCAACUACUCAGUGCAUGAACAUCGUGUUUUAACUACAGACACAAAAGUUUUGCCACAAAUUAUGCACAAUUAUGUCAACCAGAUUCCAAAGGAUACAGGUUUAUGGAUAGUACAUUGUCGUGUCAUGUGUGCUGGGAUGCAGUAUUUUGCACUUACUUUAUAGAAACAGGUGUGUUGCCAUUGCCUGCCGUUUGUAUAAAUAAAGGUUUUGUUUUUUUGAGAAUCAUAAUUCUCUUAUCUGUGUUUAAACAGGACAGGGGAGAGCUUUCCUAGCACAUGAAACAUAAUGUCCAGCAAGACUCAAGUGGUUUCAUGUCUACAUCAUUGCCAUCAUGUUUAAUUUGCUUGCAGGUCACAGGAAGAAUUUCAAAAUGUAGAGUUACAAGAAAGCAUUUCUUAAUUUCGAUUCUGAAUCCUUUUGUUCUAAUGUCAUUCUUACUGUAACCUGGAGGAACAAAUGAAAUUUACCUUAUUGUUGUGUUUUCUGCAUGCGUCACAUUUAAAUGUGCAAUAUAUAAGAUUUUUGCAGUAAAAUAUCCAAAAACCACUAGGCCAGUGUUAUAUAUUUUGUUAACUUCAGUACUUACAAUAUCCCAAAUGUUUCCAACUAUUUGUAAAUCAUGAGAAAAUUGCGA